AAAGUUUGUUGUUUUUGAGUAAAUUAAAAUACGUUAGUUUCAGUAAUUAUAGUAUGUGGAUGGAUCUUUUAUUAGCAACUCGAAUCCUAAAAACGAUAUAAUAUGCCUACAUUUGAACAAGGUACAAUGUAUUUAUCAGAAGUAAACUGACAGCUGAAGGGCAUUACAACGUGCCUCAUUUACUUUUGUUAGACCCGAUAUGAGCUAAUUCCGUACUUUCCGUACAUUUUCAACGUGUUCAUAAACGACUGUCUACUAAACGCGUUACUGCUUUCUUGAUUCAGUCAAAUUUAGUUUACUGUAGCCGCGGGUGUAUCCUGCGCGACGUUGUUUGCCCGUUGCCGCUGUGGAUAAAACUGACGUUCUACCAGACAACAGAAGAGCUCACAUAGGCAUACACAGUGCGCCUAUAGCCUAAUGCCGCCGCUCCGCAUUGUAUUGGUCGGACCACCUCUUCUAUGUCGUCACAUUAUGCCUUAAACCAUAGGCCUAUAUGAAGGGUACCAAUAAGAUUUAACUUGAAAACAGAAACAGGAGGCACCGGUGAGGACCGGACGACGGAUUAGCAAAAUAAUGAAGGCUCUGGGUGUCUUGCGCCGGGGGAUGCAAACUCUGCUUGGCUGGACAGGGGAGCGGGGAACUCUGCUGGCGUGUUGCGGGAUGUGCGGAGGUGCUACAUCAAAUAAGGUGCAGCCAGGGUUCGGCCUGCUGUUUGACAUCGAUGGGGUCCUAGUUCGAGGGAAGACUCCAAUCCCAGCUGCUAAGAAAGCCUUUCAGAAGUUGGUGGACUCAAGAGGACAGUUCCUGGUUCCUGUUGUUUUUGUCACCAAUGCUGGAAACUGCCUACGUCAGAAGAAGGCUAAUCAACUGUCCCACAUACUGGGAGUACAUAUCUCCCCUGACCAGGUGAUGCUUUCUCACAGUCCUCUUAGGAUGUUCAGGAAGUACCAUGACAAAUGUGUCCUUGUGUCUGGACAAGGACCUGUACUGGACAUUGCUAAAAAUCUGGGCUUCCAAAAGGUGGUGAGCAUUGACAUGCUGAGAGAACACUUCCCACUGCUAGACAUGGUGGAUCAUAACCGACGACCCCGUCUCCCUUCAUCUCCUAUUGUGAAUCUCCCUAGGGUUGAAGCGAUCAUCCUGUUUGGAGAGCCAGUCCGAUGGGAGACCAACCUACAGCUGAUCAUUGAUGUUCUGUUGACCAAUGGGAGCCUCGGUAACGCUUAUGAGACAUGUCUCUCCACCCACCUGCCUCUACUAGCCUGUAACAUGGACCUGAUGUGGAUGGCUGAAGCCCAGUCUCCACGGUUUGGCCAUGGGAUGUUCCUUGUGUGUCUUGAGAACAUCUACAGGAAGAUUACUGGCCGGGAGGUGCAAUACGAAGCUCUGAUGGGAAAACCCUCAGAGUUAACCUACCACUAUGCGGAGUACAUGAUCAGAGAGCAGGCUGCUGUUAGAGGCUGGAAAAGCCCUGUCAGGACAUUGUAUGCUAUUGGAGACAACCUGAUGACCGAUAUCUAUGGUGCCAACCUUUAUAACCGCUAUCUGGAGGAGAGGGGUCGGACAAGGCAGACGGCUGUCCAGGUAAUGCAAGCUGUAGUGGGGGGUACAGGGGGCGUAGGGCCCCCUAAAGCCAUUCUGCAGGACCAAGGCAUGGAUAUGGCCUGGGAGAGUGAGCUGUCCUCCCCCUCCGUCACAUCCUGUAAGUCCCUGCUGGUGUGUACAGGCAUGUAUAACCCCCACACUGAGGUUCUGUCUGACACCAGCCACAGCAUCACCAAGACGCAGUACUGUGGUCACAGGGAUGUCCGUUUGGACCCGUCCCUCAUGGAACCGGGACACAUAGUUCGGGAUGUAGAGGACGCUGUGGAACUCAUCUUCCAACAGGAGAACUUUCACUCUACUAGGCAUUGCCCUGUAGAAAAGCAUUGAACACAAAAUAGCACUAACUUGAAGAGAUCACAAUUCUUGGUGGAAUAUGCUAAGAUUUAGUAUAUUAUUCACUUUUGAUAUUGCAAACUAAAGAAAUACAUGUGUGGGCACCAAAAUAUCUUUGAAUUCAACUGUUUUCUAAAAUAAAUUGUACAUUAUUUGAAUAAGGUGCAAGGCAAAUCUUUUUUUGUAUUUCAACAACUGCUAAAUAUCUGUGUAUGAUAUGCUAACUCAUGUGAAGGAUUUGAUAGGGUUAUAAUUCAACUGUGAAAGCAGGUAGACACUGACUUCUGUUAAUGUGGAAUACCCGUGAAGCUGUUUUCAUCAAUGUUAGUUCAAUGACUUUGUUUUGCUACCUGAUUGUUUUGUUUACAUAUCUUUUUCUCUUUACCUGUCUAGGGCCAUUCUGCAAUGCUUGUAUGGCUAUGUGGAUGUGCACCCUAGAAGAUGUAUAGUAUAUAACAUGUAUUAAAUCUUAUCAUUGUGGUAUGUAUAGUAUAUUAAGUAUUAAAUCCUAUCACUGUAGUAUGUACAUUAUAUAACAUGUAUUAAAUCCUAUCACUGUAGUAUGUAUAUUAUAUAACAUGUAUUAAAUCCUAUCACUGUGGUAUGUAUAGUAUAUAACAUGUAUUAAAUCCUAUUACUGUGGCAUGUAUAGUAUAUAACAUGUAGUAUUAAACCCUAGCACUGUGGUAUGUAUAGUAUAUAACAUAGUAUUAUACCCUAUUACUGUGGUAUCAUUUUGUGAAAUAGUGCCUUACCCUGUACAUGCUGAUAUAUUAUUGACUCAGUAUCAGUAGAUAAUGGUUUCACCAUGGCUUACCGGUUUCAAGGCCCUACAAUAU